AUGACUAGGCAUGAUAUUGCAUUUAGUGUUCAAACACUAAGUCAAUUUCUACUAGAACCUAAGAAAUCUCAUGUGAAUGCUGCACGCAGAGUUGUAAAAUAUGUUAACAAUCAUCCAUGUCAGGGUGUGUUGUUGUCUAGUGAAUCAAGUGAUCAAGUGAGUACUUACGGUGAUGCAGACAGGGCAUCUUGUCUUCAAACCAGGAGGUCUGUAACUGGAUAUUUUGUAAAGAUUGGGAAGUCAGUUGUGUGCUGGAAGUCAAACAAACUAGCAACUGUGUUCAGAAGUUCAACUGAGGCAGAGUUUAGAAGUAUAGCAGUUGUAACAGCUGAGCUGGUUUGGAUAUUAAGUCUGCUAAAAUAG